AUGCGGACUACAGCCCCGCCCAAAAUUGAAUUACGUCCGCAAUAUCUAGUAAGCAGAUUAUAUAUCUCCCAAAUUCCAUGUGGUUACUCAAAUAAAUUAAACUUAAUAUUUUUUUUGUUACAGCUGACAACACUGGCCGAAGAAGUAGAGGUUAUAGAGGCGAUCCCCAGCUCUGAUGACGCGAAAGACCACACGAAAAAUGAAAACGAAGCGAACCUCGACCAACUGGCGAUGGAAUCGAUAGACGACCAGGAACAACCACCGAAGAAACUAGCUUACAACGGCCCACCCAGAAACCAAAACCUUCCUCCUAGGAAUAACGGCGCAUACCACAACCACAAGCCGUUUGGGAUGCAAAAAAACAAACCGGUCUACGAGAAUAAGAAUUCCUAUAGCGGGCCACCCCCUCCGCCACCCAAGCAGGCUAUGGAUAAGUACGGAACGGCUGGUGGCGACAUCUGGCCAGCUCCUGUUCCAGAUAUGCCGAAGAUCAUAUCGCUUGAUGUGAAGUGUGAAAAGAAUCUUAUGAAGGUUUACAUCGGUUUUGACAAGCCUUUUUAUGGAAUAGUGUUCAGCAAGGGACACUACAGCAACGUACAUUGCGUCCACUUACCAGCAGGUUUAGGCAGAACUUCAGCCCACUUCGAAAUAGGUAUCCACGCCUGUGGAACAUCCGGAAACUCAGAAAAUGGUCUCUACGGUUAUGGAGCUGAGUCUGGGUCAGGAACAUACUUUGAGAAUAUUAUAGUUAUCCAAUACGACCCUCAGGUACAAGAAGUGUGGGAUCAAGCUAGGAAAUUGCGUUGUACCUGGCACGACCAAUACGAAAAAUCUGUGACUUUCCGUCCAUUCCCCGUGGAUAUGCUAGACGUGGUACGCACAGACUUUGCAGGUGACAAUGUGGGAUGCUGGAUGCAGAUACAAGUCGGUAAGGGACCCUGGGCCUCAGAAGUAUCUGGCCUAGUAAAGAUAGGUCAAACCAUGACGAUGGUACUAGCCAUCAAAGACGACGAUUCCAAAUUUGAUAUGUUAGUGAGGAACUGCAUGGCUCACGAUGGUAAACGAGCUCCUAUUCAAUUAGUUGACCAAAGGGGUUGUGUCACAAGACCGAAGCUCAUGUCAAGGUUUACCAAAAUCAAGAAUUUUGGUGCCAGUGCAUCAGUUCUCUCGUACGCCCAUUUCCAGGCGUUCAAAUUUCCAGAUUCUAUGGAAGUUCACUUUCAAUGUACCAUCCAGAUCUGCAGGUACCAGUGCCCCGAUCAAUGCUCUGAUCCUAACGGACAUAUAGGCCUCCACAAUGGUAUUUUGGAGAUACCUCACAGUGCUCCUGACUCUGGUUAUGGUUUGCCUCCACCGCCUGCUUUGCCUAUUGAAGCUUACCUCCAUGGAGGUAGACCUAGAGACGAAAGAAGAAGUAAGAGAGAACUAGAAUCUGAUCCUGAAAAAGAAGUAGGAGUGAACAGGAUAAUCAGGGUAGUUUCCACAGGAGACUUAACAUUUUCCUUGGACGAAAAUAACAACACAACCACACCACCAACCAUGGUGUUCCCAGGGAAAGAAGAACUCAGCAACACUGGCCUAAUAUGUAUGACAACACCAGGUUUUGCUGCUAUUUUAGUUGUACUGUUGGCAAUACUGAUAAUAUCUUGUCUGCUAUCUGCUUUCCUGUGUGUCAGAUUAAGACCUUUCUCUGAAAAUAAACUAGCAGGUGUCAUAGGCUACACGAGUUCGCAGAAAGGAAAGCAACCUACAGUAAAAAGUUGUUUUUAUUCUUGA